AUGACAUUACCUGUGCUUGCUACGAUGGAGGCGGUGGAUUGCCGCCGCUUCCUCGCGGCCUGGACGCGAUUCCAAGCCAACAAGGAGUACCCUCUAGAUGCCGACAUCAUAGACCAGUAUCAGCACUUGGCGCUGCACUUCCAGCAGCUCAGCCAGAACAGCGACGGCUUGAAGGCCCUGGGGCCGGAGUUUGCCCCCGUGAUGGACGCCAUCGCCACACUUAAGAGAGAGCUGGAGGUGGACAAUGUCAAACCCAUGCGGAUUCCACGAGCUGCCGAGGUCGCCAAGAUGAGGGAGGAACGCGCUCGUGCUGCUGCCAAGGUGCAGACUGAACCCGAGGAUCCUGUGGAUGGCCAAGAGAGGCAGUCGGCGCUCAGUGAGGAGGUAAAGGAGGCGGUGGUGGAUUCAACGCCGGAGCUGCGCUCAGACCUGACGGCGGACGACUUCAAGGCGAUGCUCGAGGUGGCCACCCCACAGGAGGAGAAGCUGUCCACCAAGGCCAUCAGGAAGAGACUGGGCCUUGUGGAUCGCGCUGGGGCGCAGGCAAGUGCGUCCGAGACCGUGGCGCGUGAAGAGCAGGAGUCGAUUCAGUCGGAGAUGAUGUCGCUGGCCAAGCAACUCAAGGACCGGACGCAGACGAUCAACCAGUCGCUGGCUGAAGAUGUGAAGAUCCUGGACGCCGUGGGGCAGAGCGCCGAGUCGAACACGGCUCUGCUUGACCGUGAGAACGCCAAGCUAAAGGAGCAACUGGCGUCCAGUAUUGGCUUCUGGACAUCGCUGUGGCUGGUGGCCAUGCUGAUUAUCGUGUUUAUCGUCACGUAUUUUUACAUGAAGCUCUUCUCGCGGAGAUGGUAG